CAGCGUCGUACACCAUCCCGUCCGACCGUCCUGCUCCCCAGCAGCUGGUGACGUUCGUCUUUCUGCCUUUAAAAAAAAAACACACACUCACACACACAAGGCGCCAUCGCCACGACGACCGCACCCGCAGAGAGACGAAGCGAACCGGCUGAAGAAUGAACCUGGAGCUGCCCAAAGCUGAGGUCAAGUCGGCCACCCGAGUCAGCGGGGGCCCCGCCACCCCGCGCAAGGGCCCGCCCAAGUUCAAGCAGCGGCAGACCCGGCAGUUCAAGAGCAAGCCUCCGAAGAAGGGGAUCCAGGGAUUCGGGGAUGACAUCCCAGGGAUGGAGGGCUUGGGCACAGACAUCACGGUCAUUUGCCCCUGGGAGGCCUUCAACCACCUGGAGCUCAACGAGCUGGCCAAGUACGGCAUCAUCUGAGGCCCUUUGCUGCUGGAGACGCUUCAACACAGAACUAUUCAACACCAGCUACCACAAUCAAAUAGAACGACAAAAAGAAAACACACAAAAACAUCUUUCUUUCGUGACCGGAUUCUUUGACGUUUCACAACAUCUGCUCGUGUUUAGCAUCUGUCUGUCACGUCCUCUCUAGAUCUGCACUGCUGCUCUAAACUCCUCUUCUACUCUUUUCUGUCUUCUCACGUUCUGACACAACGUGAAACAAACAUGGCCGCCUCACAUCGAGUUCAUGAAACGGACCCGUGGUUCCUGCUUCACGUGCUUCAACACCUCUGAGGCUUUUUCAUUCCCUGGAAGCGUGUUGAGACGGGACACGAGCGCGUCUCAAGCCGCAGAAGAGAAAAAAUGUCCCUCCAGAAUAUCUGUGUGUUUAAAUGUGUGUUUAAGAUCCGUGUUCUAGCUGUUGCAUCUUUCUUCCACCAUUCAGUGUUCCGUUCACCUUUAUCCUCUUCGCUGUACUCGUCAUCAUCACUGAUCCUUCGCUCCUUACCAACCUGCUGUUCAGAUCAGUGUGCGCUACAUUAAACUUUAAUAUUUAACUUCUUUAAAUCAGAACAAACAUGUUGCUGUAUUUUUUGCCCUGCAUGAAUUUGUCUUAACGUAUAACUUAUGUUUACAAUGUUUUCACAGUAAAUGAUGUAUAAAGGAGCUUUGUCCUCUCUACAAGAUGUGGAAAAAAUAAAGUAUAAUAUAUAUUAUAUAUUAUUGUGGUGGCGG